AUGUCCGAUACAGCACCUCCAAAAUGGCGCGUCGUCGUGGGCUGCGAUGAUGCUGGUGUCCAAUACAAGAACGCGCUGAAAGCCGACCUGGAGAAGGAUCCUCGAGUCUCAGAGGUCAUCGACGUCGGCGUUGUCGAUUCGAAUGAGAAGACAGCGUACCCCCACGUCGCUGUCACAGCCGCAAAGAAGAUUGUCGCAGGCGAGGCUGACCGUGGGCUGUUGAUCUGUGGUACUGGUCUAGGUGUCGCCAUUUCCGCCAACAAAGUCCCUGGUAUUCGUGCCGUCACGGCUCACGACAGCUUUUCGGUGGAACGGGGUGUUCUGAGCAACAACGCUCAAGUUCUUUGCAUGGGCCAGCGCGUCAUUGGUAUUGAGCUCGCCCGUCGCCUCGCCAAGGAAUGGCUGGGCUACGUUUUUGACGCCAAUUCCGCUUCGGCCGCAAAAGUCGAUGUAAUUUCUCAAUACGAGGCCGUCCCCGGUGCGUGUUCAUGA